AUGCCUUCCCGGUUCUCGAAGACCCGUAAACAUCGCGGCCAUGUGUCGGCCGGUCACGGUCGUGUAGGAAAGCACCGCAAGCAUCCUGGAGGUCGCGGUCUCGCUGGUGGUCAACAUCACCACCGAACGAACUUCGAUAAAUACCAUCCUGGUUACUUCGGUAAGGUUGGUAUGCGCCACUUCCACCUCACCCGCAACGCCCACUGGCGCCCAAUCAUCAACGUCGACAAGCUCUGGAGUUUGGUGCCCGAGGAGCAAAAGAAGGGUCUGACUGAGAACUCGGAUGUCGUCCCAGUCAUUGACACGCUGAAAUUCGGAUACGGAAAGGUUCUGGGCAAUGGACUGCUACCCCAACUUCCGUUCAUUGUAAAAGCUCGUUUCGUUUCGGCGAAGGCUGAGGCCAAGAUCAAGGCUGCUGGAGGUGUUGUCUCAUUGGUGGCUUAA